AUGAGAUUUUUGACCAUUCAUUGAUACCUAGUGCAUAAAUUACCAUCGGCGAGUGGUGUACUAAGUAAAACGAAAAUUACUGAAAAAUGGCAUUCUUCAAAGUGAGUUGUCUUGUCGUGCUGAUGGUGGUAGGAGUUGCGCUAAGUGCCGAAAUCAAACGUGAAGCCCUAGAAUCGGCUGAACAAAAGGACGAUCUUGAAGGAGCCGAAACGAUUUUCCUCGGCAAAAAGUUGUUGCUGCUGAAAGGAUUAGGACUCGGCGGUUUGGCAUUGUCGCAGGGAGGUGGUUUCGGUGGUAAAUUCAGUGGAUUAAUUGGAGGUGGACCAAACUCGGUAGACUACAACGGGUAUGCUCCAGCAUACAGUGGAAGCUAUGUAGCUGCUCCAGCACCCGUUCCAGCUCCGGCUCCAGUAGUUUACUCGGCCCCAGCUCCAGCACCAGUGACUUACUCAGCCCCAGCGCCAGCACCAGUGACUUACUCGGUCCCUGCUCCUGUUACGUACUCAGCUCCCGCACCGGUCAGCUAUGUCCCUGCUCCCGUAACUUAUCAGGCUGCCGCUCCUGCUCCAGUAGCAUACUCCGCACCUGCACCAGUUGCUGAAGUUGCACAAUCUGGAUAUACCGGAAGUGUGCAGGUCUUCGGAUAUCUGCAGCCAGUUCAGCCUGUCCAGCCAUUGGCUUACUCCAGUCAGGUUUCCACCGGUCUGUACAACGCUCCUCCACCACCACCACCAGCUCCCCUUCCAUUGGCCGCCCUGCCACCAUGUGAUCAUUAAGAUCAUCUGAAACCAAAACAGCAAGUGUUCACCGCCCUAUCACCACCAGUUUCACUUUCAGGGAUACUAAAAUGCUCUUAUAUCAGUAUCUGAUAUUACGUACUUUUAGCCAUUUUUUCAACUAGGAACUAACUCGUGUACGUUUUGUGUAAGAAUAUAUCAUUAAAUCAAACCC